AUGGUGGCCUGGGUCCAAGCCCGGCGCGCUUGGAUGCAUCAGGCUGCUCGCGUGGGUCAGGUAUCGCAAGGUGGAACGAAACAGAUACCCAAGGAAGUGGCUGACAUUUUUAACGCCCCCAGUGACAAUGAAGACUUUCUGGGGUUCCAAGAUGAUGCUUCCAGGCAGAGGCUGUUGUCAGAGGACAGCUAUGCUAGUUUUGAUUCCCUGGAGUCAAGAAAAAAGCAAGGGGUUCAGUUUCAGUCCAGAUACCUCACUGAAGAACUGCGGAGGAUUUUCACUGAAGAGACUGACUCUGAAACGGAAGCGUUUGAAGGCUUUGCUUCAAGCGAGGUGGAUGUGAACAAGAAAGGAGUUCUGGCAACAGAGUCGGACUUGAGUGAUGAAGAACGUGAUAAUUUAUUGGGUAGUGAGGAAGAAGAGGAGGAGGAGGCGAAGAAGAAAGUUUCCCCCAAGAGAAGAAGCUUUGGCCUUCGUGUUGCCUUGCAGUUUCCCACCAGAAAGUCGUCUGAGAAAAAAGUGCCUGAACAGGCUUUUUCUAACUUACCUCUAAAGGACAGUGAAUCCCUCACACCACUUUCAAAAGAAAUAAGCUGCAAGCGGUGGGACAAACUAGAAGGCUCUGCUUCAGAGUCUGAAGACGACAUUAAAGAAACACAGGAGGAAAGUUCCAGUGCUCUGCUUAAGAGAGCCAUGAAUAUUAAAGAAAAUAAAGCCAUGCUGGACCAGCUGCUGGCAGAACUGAAUUCCAUACCUGACCUGUUUCCAGUGAAAACGCCUGCCUCGACUCCUUCGAGGAAAAUCCCAAGGAGGACGUUUUCUGAAGGCCAGAUAGCACGUCGCAUGAACCCAACCAGAAAUGCUCGUCCACCGGAGAAAUUUGCCUUGGAAAAAUUUACUGUGUCAGCUGUUAAAUUUGCAGAACACUUCCGUAGCUAUAGACAACAAAACCUCUUGAAGAAGAGACUCAGUGGGGAUUGUGGAGUGCGCAAAAGGAGGAGAUCAUCAAAGUAUUCAUCUCAUCGUCCAGUAGAAGAUAUUACUGAGGAGGACUUGGACAACAUUGCAAUCACUGUUAAAGACAAAAUCUAUGACAAAGUUCUAGGUAGUACUUGCCACCAGUGUCGACAAAAGACAAUUGAUACAAAGACAAUCUGUCGCAACCAGGGCUGUGGAGGAGUAAGGGGACAAUUUUGUGGACCAUGUCUUCGAAAUCGAUACGGGGAAGAUGUGAAAUCAGCACUGCUUGAUCCAGCCUGGAUCUGUCCUCCUUGUCGUGGGGUGUGCAACUGCAGCUACUGCCGCCGGCGGGAUGGGCGCUGUGCCACGGGCAUGCUCAUCCACUUGGCCAAGUUCUAUGGCUAUGACAACGUCAAGGAGUACCUGGAAAGUUUACAAAAGCAACUGGCGGAUGACAAUUGAGAACACUGAACUCAAGCUGUGCCUG